AUGGCUAUCUUGAAUUCUGAGGACUUCUUCCUGCACCAAAGCUUGAAGAAAGUAUCCUCCAGAAACUGGCACACUUCACACUUUGUACUCUUGGACACCCCAGUAUUGUAUAAUGAAUGCUAUUUCACCCACAAACUAGAAACGACAUCCCCCGAUUUCCAGUUGUGCAGUACGUGGGGAAACUACCAUUUUAAGACUUUUGAUGGAGAUUUUUUCCAGCUUCCCUCUACUUGCAACUAUAUCCUUGCAUCCCGUUGUAAGGGAAGCUAUGAGGAUUUCAAUAUCCAGCUCCAAAGGGAAGAGAUAAAUGGGGUCACCAGCAUUAAGAAGGUCUCUAUGAGACUAGAUGGGGUCGUGGUGGAAUUGUCCAGCUCUUCCAUCAAAGUCGAUGAUAACUUUGUCACCAUACCAUUUAGCCAGGUUGGCAUUUCAAUUGAAAGAUCUGUCUCCUAUGUCAAAAUCGUGGCAAAGCUGGGUUUGAACAUCAUGUGGAAUGAAGAAGAAUCUUUCUGGGUUGAGCUGGAUGCAAAGUUCAAAAAUCAGACAUGCGGACUGUGUGGCGACUUCAACGGAGUUCAGAUGUAUAACGAGUUUAAAACAGAAACAGGGGAUUCUAUAACUACUGAAUAUUUUGGAGAGGUCUGGAAAUCCAAUGGUCCUACUGAAAAAUGUGAGGAAUUUUCCUCCCUAGCCACACAGACCAAUGCAAAUCAGAAAUACCUGUGUAAGGACAUUCUGUCUGGACCUGCAUUCCUCAGCUGUAGAGACCUAAUUGAUACUGACUCCUUCAUCAACGCCUGUGUUAAGGACCUGUCCCACUGUAACAGCAGUAGUUUGUCAUGCUUGUGUUCAACCAUAUCAGAGUACUCCCGUCAAUGUGCUCAUGCAGGUGGAAAUCCACAACAAUGGAAGACCGCACAACUGUGUGCUGAAACAUGCCCAUUCAACUUGGAGUACAGGGAAUGUGGUAGUCCGUGUACAGACACUUGCAGCAACCCCCAGAGAAGCCAAGUAUGUGAGGAUCACUGCGUGAAUGGAUGCUUUUGUCCAUCUGGGACUGUCUUUGAUGACAUUACACAAAGCGGGUGUGUUCCUGUUGGCCAGUGCUCUUGCUUACACAAAGGCAAGUCAUUCAAACCAGGGGAAUCCUACUCAAAGACAUGUCAAAAAUGCACUUGUACACAGGGUCAGUGGAGCUGUGAGGAUAUGAACUGUCCUGGUAUCUGCUCCAUACUGGGUGGCUCCCACAUCUCCACCUACGAUGACAAAAUAUACACUUUCCACGGAGAAUGCUCUUAUGUUCUCUCAAAGGUGAGGUAUUCAGAGUCUUUCACUGUCCUGGGUGACCUGAACACAUGUGAAAAGUCAGAUAAAUCAACUUGCCUGUCUGCAGUCACUCUACUACUGCCAAAAUAUCUGGUAAUACUACAAGCUAACGGACAAGUUUUUGUCAGGAAACUAUUCUCUCAACUGCCUCUUUACAUGGAUGACAUAACCAUCUUCAGCCCAUCAACAUUUUACAUUGUUAUCCAUACCACCUAUGGGCUUCAUCUUGAUAUUCAGCUCACACCCAUUAUGCAGGUUUACAUCAAAGCAUCUGUGUCCAAUAAGGGAAAACUCAAUGGUCUUUGUGGAGAUUUUAAUGAUGUUGAGGCUGAUGACUUCAAAACCACACAGGGACUGACUGAGGGAACAGCUGUUACAUUUGCCAACACUUGGAAGACCAAACCAAGCUGUCCAGAUGUGACAAACAUACUUCAGGACCCCUGCGAUCUGAGUAUAGACAAAGAAAAAUAUGCCAAAUACUGGUGCUCCUUGCUGUCAGACAAAAAAGGAAUUUUUGCCCGGUGCCAUUCUGAAAUAGACCCACAAGACUAUCACGAUUCUUGUAUUUAUGACACGUGUGCCUGUGAGGAGAGUGAGGAGUGCAUGUGUGCUGCCAUCUCCUCCUAUGUCCAUGCAUGUGCUGCUGCAGGUGUCUCACUGAGUGGAUGGAGGAACACUGUGUGCCAGAAAUACACAACCGGCUGCCCUUCUACUUUCGUGUAUGGCUACCAGAUGACAAGCUGUGGUCGCACCUGUCACUCUCUUGGUCAGUCAGACUUAACAUGUGAGGUUGAAUUAACCCCAUUUGAUGGCUGCGGCUGUGCUGAAGGAACUUACCUAAAUGAAAAGGGGGAGUGUAUGUCAGCCUCACAUUGCUCCUGCUAUAUGGAAGGCAAGAAUGUGCAGUCCGGGGACAUCAUGAAGGUCAAUGGAAAAACUUGCUACUGCCAUGCGGGAAAAUUAAGCUGUAAAGGCAGCUACAUAUAUGAAUCAUGCUACGAUCCAAUGGUUUUCUUCAAUUGCUCGCGUGCAGAGGCCAGUGACAAGGGAUCAGAGUGCCAAAAAAGCUGCCAGACUCUGGACGCAGAAUGUGUCAGUACACAGUGUGUCUCCGGCUGUGUGUGUCCUGAUGGCCUUUUGUCAGAUGGUAAAGGGGGUUGUGUUAAGGAGGAGCACUGUCCCUGCACAUAUGGUGGAAAAUCCUAUAAAUCUGGACAGACAAUCACUGUGGACUGUAAUACCUGCACUUGCAAAAGCAGAAAAUGGGAAUGUACGGAUCAUGAGUGUGGUCAAACCUGUACAAUAUAUGGAGAAGGGCAUUACAUCACUUUUGAUGAAAAGAAAUUCUCCUUCACUGGGGACUGUGGCUACGUCUUCACUCAGGAUUACUGUGGGGAUGAUAUGAAUGGCACGUUCAGGGUCCUGACUGAGCGCAAUCAAUAUGGAAUAACUGAAAGCAGCCAUUCCACUGCUGUCAAGCUCUUCUUGGGGAACAGUGAAAUUGUUCUUUCAGAGGAAAAUGUCAGAGCUAUCAAACAAAGCAAGGGGUUAAACAUACCCUAUAAGGUUCACACUAUCGGUAUGUAUCUUGUCAUUGAGGCAAAGAAUGGUCUUGUUCUCAUUUGGAAUAAGAAGACAACAAUCAUGAUCAAACUCAGCUCCACAUUCAAGGGCAAAGUGUGUGGUCUGUGUGGGAAUUACGAUGGAAAUAUCAAGAACGAUUUCACCACCAGAAACAAAGACGUUGUUGUUGAAGCUCUUGAGUUUGGAAACAGCUGGAAAAUGUCACCUACCUGCCCUGACACAGAAGCACAAAAGAAUCCCUGCACUCUGUACUCCUACAGGCACGCAUGGGCAGAGAAACACUGCAGCAUUAUCAAGAGUGAAGUGUUUGCUGCCUGCCAUGCAAAGGUGGAUCACCAAAACUAUUAUGAUGCCUGUGUGAGAGACACAUGUGCCUGCAAUACGGGAGGAGAUUGUGAGUGUUUCUGCUCGGCUGUAGCAGCCUAUGCAGAAGUCUGUAAUAAGGUCGGAGCCUGUGUGAGAUGGAGAACUCCCAAAAUCUGCCCUCUAUUCUGUGAUUUUUACAACACUGAUGGAGAGUGUGAAUGGCACUAUAAGCCUUGUGGAAAUCCGUGCAUGAAAACAUGCAGUAAUCCCUCAGGAAGAUGUUCCAAUCAAAUUCCUGCAUUAGAAGGCUGUUAUCCAACUUGCCCACCCGAACAAUCUUAUUUUGAAGAAGUUACCAUGAAGUGCGUGUCAGAGAAGGAAUGUGGCUGCUAUGAUGAUGAAGGGAAGCAUUAUAAAGAAGGAGAGAUGAUGACACCAAAGGAAAACUGUCACAAGUGCUUCCAGAAAAACUGCACCUAUGUCCUGAUCAAAGAGAUCAUUCCUCGAUACAAUUUUACGAUCCUUAUUGACAACAUAAACUGUGAUGACUUUGUAAAUUCAACCUGUCCUAAUGCCUUGAUUGUGCAAUACAAAGACUAUGAAAUUAUUCUUAAACAGGAGAGGAACCCAAACACAGUGAAUAUGACGACACCAAAACCAACAACAACAACAACGACACCAAAACCAACAAUUGGAGACAUUUGGCAGAGUGACUGUCAGAAGUGUGCUUGUGUUGAGAAUGAACUGAGUGUUCAGUGUCAACCCAUCACAUGUCCCAUUCAAAAACCUGCAACCUGUAACAAGACAGGUGAGGUGUUGCUGAAACGGACAGAGGACUGCUGUGAGACAUGGACAUGUGAAUGUGACAGAAACACCUGUCCAUUGCCAACAAAGUGCAAACUGGGAUUUGAGUUGGAGGUCCACAUCUCAACUGGUAGCUGCUGCUCCACGUACACCUGUGUACCCAAAGGCGUCUGUGUCUUUAAUAAUACUGAAUACAAGAUAAGCUGUAUUCUGGAGCUCCCAGGUUUCCCUAAUCCAAUAUUUAUUGAGUCUUCUCACACUUGGUCACCACCAAAUGACAACUGUACCAAGUACUACUGUGAGAAGGUGAAGGAUGACUUUAUCCUCUCUAAAAAUGAAACAAAGUGUCCCGAGUUUGAUCCACAGAACUGCGUUCCUAAACACGACCUACCUGGAGACAAAGAACUGCAAGUCAGUUGUGCCCGUGGAAAUCACAACCUGCAAGGGGUCCUGUGGAGGGUCCUCCUCAAUGUACUCGGCAGAGAGCAACAGUUUGAUGCAUUCAUGCUCGUGCUGUCAAGAAAUGGCCACCAGCAAGAAGGAGGUGGAGAUGAUCUGCUCUGA